AUGGUGGUCCCAGCGGCUUCGGCGGCGUCCACUCGCUUCUCCUUCGGCCUGGCGCGCUACGCCGCCUCCCUGCACGUGGUGCUGGGGCACCUGCACGCGCGGAAUUUGAGCGGCGGUGCGUACAUCUGCUGCUGGGGCUACACCUGGGUGCCCUGGUUCUUUAUGCUCUCCGGCUUCAUCUUGUGCGCCGCGGAGAUCAAGAAUCCGCGCCAGGAGUCCUUCGUGGACUACGUGGCCCGCCGGCUCGUCACCAUCUAUCCGGUGUACGCCUUUGGUCUCCUGGUGGCCUGUUGCCUGGCGAAUCUCAACGCACCCAGCGCUUGGGUGCUGGUGCUUCAGGCGUGGCUGCUGCAAGCCUGGCUGCCCUUGAUCACGGAGUGGGGCUUGCAGAUGCAGUGCUGGUUCCUGUCCUGCCUGGUGGUCUACUGGGCACUCUUCCCCUGGCUCUUCAGGACGGUGUCGAAGCUGACACUUCACCAGGUGCUCUUUGCCAUGCUGAUGGCCAUCAUGGUGCCCGUGCUGUACCUCGUGGUACCUGACCUCUUUUAUGGGAACGCCACCUGGUACGAGUACCACGAGUGGGGCCACAUGCGGAAUUCCACCGACGCGCUGGUGGUGAUGCUCAAGUUCCACCCGGUUUGCUAUUUUCACGUCUUCCUCUUCGGCAUGCUCUUGGCGCGGUUCCGGGUGAUUCUGUCGGAGUUCGAGUUCAAGAACCAACCGGAGUACCAGAAGGUGCUGGGCGUGGUCAUGGAGCUGCUGGCUCCCUUGGGCUACGCGGGACUGAUGCUGGUCUUCAACGUCCCGGUGGCUUCCCCGCCCUUCGCCAAGCUGUCGGCCCGGAUCUUCGCGCUGCUGCCGCUGCAGGCGGCGGUGGUCAUGGGCCUGGCUGGGCUGGAGGGACAAGCCCAGCCCAGGCUGGCGCGGUGCUUCAGCCCCUUCAACUUCCUGGAGUCGUAUUCCUACUGCCUCUACGUGAUGCAGUUCAUUUGCAUGAAGGUUUGGAUCGGCAAGGACUUCGGCCUGGCCUUCUUCGUGUUCCUCAUCGCCAGCGCCGCUUUGGUGCAGAUCCUCGUGCAAAAACCGGCGGAGACGCUCUGGAAAGUAUCGCCCACCAAGGCGUCCUGGAGGAUUCCUGCGGCUCUCUGUGUGGUAGUGCUGGGGAUUUGGAUGUUCACACGAUGGCAGGCCUCAGAGGUCGCGUUGCCAGAGCUGGUCCAGCGGGACGGCUACCUGGACCGGCGCUUGCCUUUGCGCGUGGAGGGCGAUGACGAGGGAGCCAUCAUCAACCCCUCUAUCACCUUGCUGGGCGACGAGCUGGUGCUUGCGGCACGCCUCCAUCGGCGUUCCUCAAGGCUCACCCACGACCAGCGCGGAGCCGUGCUGGAGGAGAUCUGGCACUCGAAGAUCUUGUUGGGGAGCCUUACGCUGAGCGCUGAGAGCUGGCAAAGGUUCCACGGUGGGGGUCACAUCCCGGGGGACAGCAUCUACCUGCGCCCAUGGGAAGGCCUUGGUUGA